AUGUCAGACACAAAUAUAACUAGCAAUGACGAUACAUCAUUAUUUGAUAUCGACACACAACAAUUUUAUGCAAUACAGUUUUGGAUAUUCCUGUUUUUGAUUGUUCCAUCAAUGAUUUUUGCAUUGUUUGCUUUAUACCAUCUCCUACGAGAACGAGCACUUCGUCAAGCACUUCACAAUCAUAUUAUAAUCAUUCUUCUUAUUAUUAAUCUAUUUUAUCAGAUGACGGAUAUGUGCUUGUUUAUUCAUUACUUUCGAUCUUAUCAAUCUUUUAUGCCAACACCUAUCUUUCGUUUAAUUUGGGGAUAUAUUGAUUGGUCGAUAUAUACUCUUCAGUUUUUCCUUUAUGCUUGGGUCACAGUUGAAAGACAUAUUCUUAUAUUUCAUGAUCAUUUGUUAUCUACAAGAAAGAAGCGAUUUUUUAUUCAUUAUCUUCCUCCAGUUACACUUACAAUCUACUGUCUGUUGUAUCAUGCAGUAGUAUUUUUUACGACACUAUGUGAGAAUGCUUUUGACAAUAUAGCAACACCUGUUUUUUAUCCUUGUGAAUUUUACGAUGGAGUAUUCGGUACAUAUGAAUUAGUAGCGCACGGAAUAAUACCGUGUUUUGCAAUUGUUAUAUUGAGUAUCGCUCUUUUGUUCCGCGCUGUAUGGAAACGAUAUCAUAUGCAUCGACAGAUUCAAUGGCGACAAUAUCGAAAAAUGACACUUCAAGUGAUCAUUAUAUCAACAAUUUAUCUGAUUUUACCGUUUCCUUAUAUGAUUAUAAACUUUCUUCAUGUUUGUGGUAUGCCAGCAGAGAUUGGAGCUGAGUUUUUAUCACACGCUAUAUUUUUCCCCUAUUAUACGUUGUUUCUUUUUCCAAUAGUCACUGUUGGUGCACUAUCAGAACUUCGUGAAAAAGUGAAGAGUAUUAUACAAUUUCGUCGACAACGACGUAUCGUUGUUCCGUUAAAUAACACACGACCACAUAUGACAAAUAAUCCUGUUUUUCUUCGAUAA